AGGUCACCUCAGGUAGAUGUUUACCUGAUUACAUAGGACGCGCGACACGGGUGCGGAGUUGUGAAAAUGGGUGUUUUGGUCGAGAAAGAAGUAUAUCCAACGACACCGCCCUGAGUUGGAGAUUUAUACAAUUACCAGGAUGAAACAGAUGUUGGAAAGUGUGUCGGGUGUGUUCGCUGGGGUAAUGUGUUGCAUGGUGUCGAUGACUUACGGCGCAGACUACUGUUAUGUACAAGCUCCGUCGUGGACAUCCAACACAUCCCAGGUAAGACUAUCCCUCUUCAUCAGCCUGAGGGAGAGCCAGAACGGAAUGUGUGGCGACAUAUCACGACAUGCUCUGCAGACAUACGUGGCAGUCGGCUGGGUCAUCGACAAACUCAACAAGGGAUUUAUUCCUGGAAUCAUGUUUGACGUGAAGCUCUACGACGACUGCCAGAAUCCUCUGUAUGUGGUCCACAACGCUCUUGAUGUUAUCAGCCCAUCGCUCUCAGGCAUUAUCAACUGUACCAAGGACGAUCCAUCUGUCCACCUAGGAAUUAUCGGACCCUCUCGAAGCGUUACGGCGCUGGAGGCAGCCAAGAUUCUUAAUGAUUCCGGAAUACCAAUGAUCAGUCCGUCGGCAACAGCAGCUGAUCUCACACUCAACUACACAAACUUCUACCGUACAGCACUACCGGACACAGUCCAGAUCAGGCCGAUAUUGGACAUUCUCAAGACGCUUGACUGGACCUACGUGGCUUUAGUGCACAGUGACGACAUUUAUGGUCGGUCGGCUGCUACCUUGUUAAAGACAGAGGGAAGAAAGAAUGGAGUCUGUUUCAUUAAGUCUGUGGAGGUGCCCCCAAUUGUGGACAGGCCGGCUCUGUUUGCCGAGCUGCGGCAAGUGAAAGAGGCAACAGAAGACAAGCACCUGGCAGUUGUGUACUUCGGCUUGCGAGACGGGGCCAAGGAUAUCAUGACGUACUACGCCAAGGAGAAGAUGACAGGCUUCUACUGGUUGAUGUCGGACUCCGUGGGAAGAGUGUACGACGUUUUUAAUGGCAACGAUAGAGUGACAUUAGGGACGUUGACUCUGUCGCCAUCACAUGUUGAAUUUGACGAAUUAAACGUUUUCUGGUCCAAAAUUAAAGAUUCUACACCUCUGUUCAGGGAGUAUGGGCGCCAAGCAAACAGUGGCGAGUUAUUUGCGACCCAGUCAGACUAUGUAGGAGCCACAGUCGAUGCCACUUACGCAUAUGCUGUUGCUUUAAAGAACGCCAUUUCUCACCUCUGUGAAGACACUUCUGAGCCCUUGUGUGCAGCAGUAGUAGAGGAAAUCAAGGGAAAUCGGUUUGGAAGUUACUUGAAAAAGGUAGAUGUCAACUUCACAGCUUUGCCGGACUUGUUUGUCCCGCCCGAAUAUGCAGCUCAGCGACGUCACUUUUCCUUCAAAAAAGAAACUGGAGACAUCCUCCGAGGGCCCGAGACUGUGCUGUAUCACGUCAAUGCUGUCACGGCAGGCAAUCAGUUUGUAAACGUCGGGAACUAUUCUUCCAGGGGUUUGGAAUUAAACCUCACAUCUAUCGUAAUGAAAGACGGAGAUAAAAUUAUGUCCAGCCCCUCUCUGCCGAGAUCCAUAUGCGAAGGAUACUGCAAACAAUGUGUGGAAUUUGGGACCAUGCCAAUGGUGUAUGUGAAGGGAGACGUGUAUUUGGUGGGGAUAUUCUCCAUUCACAGUUCCGACCCAGAUAACCCAUUCAGGUGUGAGAAGUUCCGGAGUGUCUCCAGUGAUACAAUUGCCCUCGAGGCGUUCCUAUAUUCUGUUGAGGAGAUGAAGAAAACAACAGGCCUCAAAUUUGGUGCAGUUGCCUUUGAUGACUGUUACAGUUCUGUCAGGCUGACCAGCAUUAUAUCCGAGUACUUCUCCUCCAUUGACGGACCGUCACAGAGAUUCGGGCAUCUUGUGCCACUGAACCAGACGGUGGCAGUUAUAGGCUCCUUGUCCAGUGACUCAACUAUUCCUCUAGCUAGAUUCUUCAAUGGACUAAACAUCCCAGUCUUAUCCUAUGCAGCCUCCAGCCCCGACCUGGAUGACAGGGUUAACUUCCCCAACUUCCUACGGACAGUUCCCAGUGACGUGGAACAAGCUAAGGCCAUGGUGCAGAUCAUUAUUGAGAUGGGCUGGGAGUACGUCAGUUUGCUGUACGUUAGCAAUAACUAUGGCACAAAAGGAAUGCUGGCGUUCCAGAAACACGCUCUCGCGGCAGGAAUAUGCGUCUCCAACCCUAAGAAUAUCAGUGAGAGUUCAAGCAGCGGGGUUGAUCGGGAAGUUUUAGACGUGCUGGAUGAACUCUUAAUUGAAGACGCCCAGAUUGUUGUGUUCUUUGGUAUUGACACUCGUUUCAAGGACUUCAUGAAGGCGGUCAACGACAAAGAACAAUACGGAAAGUUUGUUGUCGUUGCCAGCGAAGACUGGGGAAACAAACAGUAUAUUCUGGAAAGUGGGAAGAGGGCAACACGGGGAGCAAUCACGCUGAAGAUACAACAGAUGCUGGAACCUCCUUUCCCUGGAUUCUCUGAAUCCCUGCUGUCUAAAACCCCCGGAAACAACCAGCACAAUCCCUGGUUCAAGGAAUUCUGGCAAAGUCAGUUCAGUUGCAACAUUCGUGGUGGCUUCAACAACAUCAAAGAAAAGGAGUGUCCGGGGAGCAACAGUCUUACCAGCGACAAUAUGAAAAAUCAUCUCGACAACCAGCGCGUAAAACACGUGCAGUAUGCCACAUAUGCGGCCGGGAUAGGUGUUAGCAAGGUGAAGGCCACACUGUGUCGGGACUACGGGGACGUGUUUCCAUGUCGUUUCUACUACGAUUCGCUAUACAGAACUAGAGUUUGGGAGACAAUCAGAGAAGUGAAAAACCCACAGUCACAACUGCAGCCGUUGUUUGACAAAGACGGGAAUGGGGUCAUUGGGUUCACCAUUUACAAUGUACAAGCGGACGACAGUGAACAGACAUAUGUUGAGGUCGGAUCUUAUGGAGGGAGUGGGCUGCGACUCGAGAAAGACAAGAUAAAGUUCUACGACCAUCUCGGUUACCCCACAGUCAUCAGUGCUAAAUGCAGUGGGAGUGUGUGUUCAGCGUGUGUGCGGCCGACAACUGCAGGACCAACGCUCGUACCGCAAUCACAAAAUGGUCCAGACACGACUUUCAGGGUGGCUGACAUAAUCAUCAUUGUCAUUUUUGCGUUGUUUCUGAUCCUCCUGCUGGUUGCCCUGCUGAUUGCUUACAGAUACCUCAGGGUCAAGGUUACAGGCUUGAGCAAAGAUAUACAGAGAUAUGCAGCGGUGAACAACGAUCAUAUCUACCAGACGGUUUCCGAGAGGAGAGUGUACCAGAACCCAGCCGCAAGUCCACAUCGCAGGACACCAACAACUCCCAACCAUAUCUAUUUCGUGAAUGGCAGCCAUGACAGUCUGAAUGAGCCUGGAGGACACGUGAACCAAGCAUUUCGAGCAGACGACACCUCGUCCCAGCGAAAUGCCAGUGGAGGAACCUCCACAAGCGCCGGGAUCAUGAACUCCACGAGCAGCUCUAGCCAGUCGCGACCAGUUGAAACCCCAGACACCCGCCAGAGAAGCACUUCCUUAUCUCCAUCUCACAGUGAUCAGGUCGAGAUGACGGAUAUCCGAAACAGAGUCUUACCAGGUGUACAUGGAGUGCAUGCAAACGGACAUAUCACCAAUGGAGUUUUACCAAAGGUACUGCAACAACGACCUUCAACCUUACAGUUUCAUCAGAAUCCCAGAUUUACUGACACUCAACGAGAAAUGAUUGAUAACAGACAGACUUCAAAUGUGCCUCCACACAGUACGAGUCCCGUUCUGAAUCAUCCAGACUUACACCAUCUGCCUGAAACCUUCAUGGGUUCGCCUUUGUCCUCAUUGUCGCCAGUGAGUGAUUCAGUCAUUGACACAAACUCGUCCUUUUCGCAGGGGCCGCUCAGUCAUCACACUUCGCCUGCAAUGGCGUCCAAUCCAUCCAUCUUGCAAAGUCUUGCCAAUCAACAGGCUCUUCUUGAACAGCAAGCAGCACUAACCGCCCUUGAAGUGCAAAGACUACACCUCCUUCAGCAACACAGUGCUCAGCCUCCCUCCAACCCCUACAUCCAACUGUCAGCUGCCGAGACAAGACCUCCCCUGCCACCUUUGCCAGAUCAACAACACCUUAGUCCGGAGGACCAGCCAAGAGACAGACCCCGUCCGAGAACCAACCCCCAGCACAUGGCCCCACUUUCUAGUAGAUCGCAUCAUGGAAGUGUGGACUCCUUGAGAUCCAGUGGACGAUCCCGCCACCAAGUAUCGCCAAUGCGUAACCCUGCUGGUGAGAACAUUCAGAUGCAACCACUUGCACAUGAUUCCAGAAUAUCUCGAGUCUGAUUGAUCAAGUACCUUGCAAACUGUUGUCGGUACACUAGGGUAUUUAACUGUGACAGCACAGCUAUUGUGCAUAGGCACAAAGCCCCGAAAUGACCGGAAUACAUACCAUGGAAAUACUGCAGGCUUCAUCUUAUGGUGAUUGCAAGUCUAACGUAGCAAUCUGUGCUGUUAAUACUCAUUUGUUUACUAACAUAUUAUUCCAGGAGGUUGUUCAGUGUUGAAGAAAUACACGUCAAUAAUCUGACAUAACGUACAAGUCCAGAAAUGCUAUUACCUUUCUUUGUGAUACAGAGACAGCAGCACUGUGAACUGACGUAUUUUUUGUGUUUCAUCUACGUUGUGAUAUAUUUUCUUUAUUCUACAUAGCGUUUACUUCAAUUUCUUACUUAUACAGUAACAAUAUGUUUGUUUUUGUUUAUGGUUUAAUAAUGUUAUUUUUGUUUGUUUAUGGCUUAUUAACUCUGUGUGUCGGAAGUGUGUUGAAUACCCCAGUAAAGGAACACAACGUCAAGAUGCUCAUAUGUGUGAGAAUGUACAGUCUCCACACAAAACAACAUUACGUCAUCACUUUGAGCUUUGUGUUUCAUCGUUUAAGCCGGGAAAGGCCUUUUGUGUCAUCAUUCGUUCAUCCAGGUAUGUUGGGCCACCCCAUGACACUUCUAUCUGGUACGUUGUCUCCUCAUGACAUUUGAACUAGGUAUAUUGUCUCAUCAUGACAACUGUGCUUGGUAUGUUGUCUCAUCAGGAAGCCUGUGAUAGGUAUGAUGCGUUAUCAUGACACCUGUGCUAGGUAUGGUGCGUUAUGACACCCGUGCUAGGUAUGGUGCGUUAUGACACCCGUGCUAGGUAUGGUGUGUCAUCAUGACACCUGUGCUAGGUAUGGUGUGUCAUCAUGACACCUUGCUAGGUAUGGUGUCUCCUCAUGACACCUGUGCUAGGUAUGGUGUCUCCUCAUGACACCUGUGCUAGGUAUGGUGUCUCCUCAUGACACCUGUGCUAGGUAUGGUGUCUCCUCAUGACACCUGUGCUAGGUAUGGUGUCUCCUCAUGACACCUGUGCUAGGUAUGGUGUGUCAUGAUGGCACCUGUGCUAGGUAUAUGUAUAAUGUGGUAUCAUUCAUCGAUAUUGGGUAAGUUGCAAAAUAAAAGUCGGGAGCACAGCGACAUUUUUCUUGUUAAAAACAUCUUACCUUGGCUAUCGCAAUCAGAUCAAAUAUUCUUCCAAUGUGAAUAUCCUAGCUGUGGUAUGAAACUUGUACUGACCUCCAUGUUGUAGUCCUCGGAUUAACUCAUUGACUUGAUGACUAACAUGCGCGCAUUGUAUAUAUCAUUGCCAUUCUCUCUCUCUCUCUCUCACACACACACACGACUGCCUUGUGUAUGCGUGGAAAAUGUACAUUGGCACAUAUACCCUGUAUAUCACAUAUGGUUGUCUUCUACAAGAAUGUGCCUAUCACAGACUAAGAUUUUUGUGUUCACGUAUAGCAACAACGUAUCGAUUCAACGUUGAAUGUGUAUAAUAUGUUUAAUAAGUUGGUAAUGGAUACCCGACUACAUUCAGCUCCAGUAGAUACUGUUCGUAUUUUCCACUGAGUGUAUUUCAAAACGUAUCUAUUUCACAUUUCGUUAACGGACGUCGGAUGUGUUUUGAAAUACAUUCGUAAUAAUAACAGUAUCGAGAGGUUUCGUCAUCUGUGCAUCCUCCGCUUGCCCAAGAUGAAAUAUUUUAUGACACUUGUAUAUUUUCCUAUUACGUGUGUAACAAGUCCUAACUGUGUGGUGUCAUGCUAAACUACUGUGAUGUAUGAGAAGAAAGCACAACCAGGCUACAGGUUAUAGGUGGCAAUUAUGACAACGGUAUUUCAGUGAAUAUGACGCCAUAUCAGACAUGUUGCCAUGUAGACAGUACAUGUCAUAUUGACAAAACACGUCAUAUUGACUGAACACGUCAUAUUGGCAGUACACGUCAUAUUGACAGUACACGUCAUAUUGACAGUACAUGUCAUAUUGAUAGAACACGUCAUAUUGACAGUACACGUCAUAUUGGCAGUAAAAGUCAUACUGACAGAACACGUGAUAUUGGCAGUACACGUCAUAUUGACAGAACACGUGAUAUUGGCAGUACACGUCAUAUUGACAGAACACGUCAUACUGACAGUACACGUCAUAUUGACAGAACACGUCAUACUGACAGUACAAGUCAUACUGAAAGAACACGUGAUAUUGGCAGUACACAUCAUAUUGACAGAACACAUCAUACUGACAGUACAAGUCAUACUGACAGAACACGUGAUAUUGGCAGUACACGUCAUAUUGACAGAACACGUCAUACUGACAGUACAUAUCAUAUUGACAUCCACAUAAGGAGCGGUAAGAUUGUCUUCAGAAGGCAGUUCGUCUGCUGAUGGCGUGUUAUAGUGUUGUCACCGUCACAAACCUGUUCCAAAGAUGGAUCUGCCGGAUAUAGUCUUGGGCCGGUGCCGUGACUCUUGGUCUUCCUGAUCUUGGGCGGUCUUAGGCAUGGUCUUGUCAUUGUGCUGACGGUGGACUGGCUCUAACCCUGAAGGUUCUUGCCAACUGACAUUGUGAAACACCAUAUUGGCCAUACCAAUCGCCCUGUCUCGAUGCGUUUGCCUUAGUCUUGGCAUAUUCGGGGUGUUUUUUUGGCGACUGCAUGCUUCCUCUGUCCAAAAAUGAUGCCCGUGCAUUUGGACCAAUGUCCAAAAUUAUGUUUUGCAAGUGGACGAUUUGUACGAAGCUGCGUUGCUAUCGGGACAAUGCUCCAUUUUUGCGUACGUUUUCUGCUUGAGUUCAAACCUGUAAAAGUGUUGUUUUUAAAAAAAUACAAUUACUUCAACAAUAACUUUCUUUUGCUCGGUAGUUUUAUUAUAUGUUUUGUAUAUUUUACAAUAUAAUUGAGAGUUGCAGAAUUUUUGGUUUUUAAGAUUAUUGAGAUAUUUUAUAAAUGUCACCAUGUUGAAUAAAUUCGUACAUUAUA